AAUGAAAGUGGAGGGGUUAGUUAGAACAUUCUCUAAUUUAGGAGGGUCUUAGUGAAAUUGCACAGCUUGUGGAUUGGGACUAAAUUACAAAUUGAUAAGUUGAAGUUGAAGCUAACUAUUGAGAGAAGCUGGCUUAUGUCCCAGUUGGUUUGGAAAUCGAUUUCACAAAUCCAACACAUUGAUUAAUGAAUUUCAGAUCUACCGGAAAACAUCAACCCUUUCCAUAGAUUUAUUUGAAGAAAAUGGACAAGAUGAACCAAGCAUUUGAGAGGAUGAAAAUGCUGGUGGGAAUGGAGGUUGACGACGAAGAGCAGCUGCAGCAGCAGGAGUCUUCCUACAUGGACGAUUUCAAUCGCAACUGCACUUUGUCCACCAAACAGAGACUCUAUGGUUUUGCAAUUUGCUUAUCUGCUGGUAUAACUUGCACACUCUUGUCGAUGCUUGUUUUCUUCCAUCCUGUCAAAUUUGGGAUAACCUUUUCAUUAGGCAAUCUGCUUGCUCUUGGCAGCACAGCAUUUCUUAUUGGCCCUAAAAGACAAGUCACAAUGAUGCUUGACCCAGUCCGUAUAUAUGCUACAGCAAUAUAUAUUGCUAGCAUCAUAAUAGCUCUUUUUUGUGCUGUAUAUGUCCGGAACAAGCUAUUGACGCUUCUGGCAAUCGUGCUGGAGUUUGGUGCUCUUAUUUGGUAUAGUGCAAGCUACAUUCCGUUUGCGAGGGCCAUGGUUUCAAAAAUCAUGGUAGCAUGCUUCGACACCGAGUUCUAGGGCACAACACUCCCAGCAGCAGGCUCACGACUUGCAACUACAGAAUGAUGGAGCCGAGUGGCUCACUAGAGAAAUGGAGAUGGUUGAGGUUGUGUUGAAUACUCUUUGGCUAAGUAGAAGGUAAUGGGGUGAUUGUGGACUCCUUUUUAGUAUUUGUAUCUGGUUUUGCUAGGAAUUCAAACCACUGAUAUGUUGAGGUCCGAUCUUAUAUUUAACGAAAUUAAUGGGUUUUUGGUGGGUGCUGUUAUCACUUAUCAUGCCUAACUCA